GGGCGAACUAGGCCGUGGGAUCCAGGCGGAGGCCGGGGUUCUGCGUCUGACAGUGGGUCCCUCCUGCGCGCGGCUGCCAUGCGGGACAGCUGGGACAAGGACGUGUACCGCGAGCCCCCGCGCCGCACGCCGGCGCCCUUGCCGCAGACCUUGCUGCCCAACCCCAUAACCUAUUUGAGGAAGGCUUUCAACCUCCUUGUGGACCGGCCCAUAACCCCAGUUAGAGAGUUUAUAGAGCUGCAACACGCGAGGAACAGGUAUUACUACUACCGCCGGGAGUUCCGCCGUGUGCCAGACAUCACCGAGUGCCAGGAGAAGGAUAUCUUGUGCAUGUUUGAAGCAGAAAUGCAGUGGAGAAGAGACUAUAAAGUCGAUCAAGAAAUCGUCAGCAUUAUCCAGGAAAGGCUGAAGGCCUGUCAGCAGCAGGAAGGUGAGAGCUACAGGCAGAACUGUGCCAAGGAGCUGGAGCAGUUCACCCAGGUGGCCAAGGCUUACCAAGACCUCUAUCACAACCUGGGAGCCCAUUAUUCUGCCAGGAAGUGCCCGGCAGAGCAGCGGAUGCUGGCUGAGAGAAAGGCGGCUAAAGAGGCUGCCGCUGCCUAAAGCAGCAUCUUGAGCACCUUCCUGAAACGAUACUACUAAAAUAAGGAGUUUAA